UUAAACUUUAUCAAUCUAAUAAAUCUGGUUAAUGUAUUUUUAAUGUUAUGUUCGUAGCCGUAUACAUACGUGACAUCUUAGAAACGCACAAUUUAAAUCUUAUUAUUUUAUUAUCAACUGAAACUAACUUGUAGAAUCAACAAGAAAAUCGUGAAAACUACGCGAGAUGUCAUCACUCGCGUAUCUUCGUCGGUUUCUGAUCUUCAACGAUUGAACAUAACAAUAACACAACAAUAAUAACCAGAAUAAUAUGAAUUCCGCAACCAAAGUAGGUGAGAUAUUUACUGCAGCUGGAUUAGCUUUCACCAAGUUGGGUGAACUGUCAAUGCAGUUACAUCCAACAUCAGACUCUCAAGCAGGCAAAUGGACAGAAGAAGAUGUUGAGAUGCUUCGUCAUUCAGUUAGAACGUUUAGUGAAGAAUUGAACAGAAUAAGUGAACAAAUUAAGAGUCGAACAGUCUCUCAAAUACGAACCACUUUAAAAAAGAAAGCAUUUGAGGAAGCUGGAAUGUCUGUUAGGCAGCAGGUUCUUCCACAACAGACACAACAGACACUAGCUCAACAGCAGCAAGUAAUAAAGCAACAAUCUACACCAGGAAAUCAAAGUCUUAUAGGCAAAUCUGCAGAUGUCACACUAAACAUGCUAAAUGCAUCGUCCUCUGAAACGGACGUAGAUGUGGAAGGACUUCCUGAGGAGUGUCAAGUAAAGCUUGAAUUUGAAGAAGGUGCCAAUGAAGAAAUUACUGAUUAGUUGGUUAAGUGAUUUCAAAAUCAGCUAAAUGCAACUAAAAAAACACUCAAUGACUCUGCAACUUGACAUCUCAUCUGUCUUAUCAUCUCAUUGUUCAUAGACUGUUCGAAUUUUAACUAGUUUUAAGACGUUAAUUCUACGUUUGAAUAACAUUAAUUUCUAAGUUAUCUCUUUCCCUUUUUGAUAAUAAAUGCAUAAAAUGCGAUAUAUCAGUGUGAUAGUAAUUGAACUCCCCAUAGGGUCCCUCAAUUCUACGUUCCUGGCGCGAACAAGACUAAUAGUUACUUCAUUUUGUUACAUUGGCAUUCCUGCUACGAAGCCAUAGCGCAAGAGUAUAAGUUUUUUUAAAAACAUCGAAAUAUACGACCUUGACAGGUGAAUAAGAAUUUCGUGUGAUUUUCCACAAAAACAAAUUUAACAUUUGCAAGUUACACAACACGUUUAAAUGGCGAUAAAA